AUGAAGCUGAGGAAAUGGAAUAUGGUGCUCUGGGCUGUGCUGAGCACAGCCUUUUUGGGAUUGUUGGUAUCGUUUCUGAGUCAGCUGCUAGCUUCUUGGACAACUCCAGCCUAUUUGAGCCUUCCAUCUCCAAGGAUCUCUUCAAGAAAAUUUGAGUGGAAAAUUCAAACACCACAUCCCUUUGACCUAAGGUACCCUUAUUCCUACCCCUUCCUGAUCAACCAUCCUGACAAGUGUGAAGGUCCCAGAGGGGCGCCAUUCCUGCUCAUGCUGGUGAUGACUCGACCCCAGGAUGUGGGGGUGCGCCAGGCCAUCCGGCAAACAUGGGGUAAUGAGACUUUGGUGCCCAGUGUGGUUGUCCGCCGACUCUUUGUUCUUGGCCUGCCUCCACCUCUCUUUGACAAGGAACUUCAGGCCCUCCUGGAAGAGGAGGACAGGGAGCAUGGAGACCUCCUCCAGGUGGGCUUCCUGGACACAUACCGCAACUUGACUCUCAAGGUCCUCAUGGGGUUGGAGUGGAUGGCCCAGCACUGUCCCAGUGCUAAGUAUGUGCUCAAGGUGGAUAGUGAUGUCUUCCUAAACCCCAGAUUUCUGCUCCAUCAGGUGCUGUGGCCCAAUGGACCUUCACCGCCUGACUUUAUCACAGGACACAUUAACAGAAACACAAAUCCUGUGCGGAGACUGCAUACAAAGUGGUACAUGCCCCCAGAGCUGUAUUCCCAGAGCAAGUAUCCUGACUAUUGUGUGGGCCCUGGCUAUGUUCUGUCUGGGUCCCUGGCCCUCCGGAUCUUGACCACAGCUCAGCAUGUCAAGGCCAUUUACCUGGAGGAUGUGUUUGUAGGGUUGUGUUUGAGACUGCUUGGAGUGAAGCCUACACCUGCUCCCCCUAAUACCUUCCUAAUGUUCAGGAGGAAGUACAACCAUUGUGCUUUCCAACGACUUGUCCUGGUCCACCAGUUCCAGCACCAAGAGUUACUAAAGAUUUGGCCAGACUUCCUGACAUCCAAUGCUGCCUGCCCCACCGUGUAG